UAUACCUGUGGCACCGCCAGUCAGUGGAACGAGGGAAUACGGGUAGCGCUGGCGGUGUGCUUUGCUCCUCCCAAGUCGGAAAUUGCCAAGAGUUCCCACGAAAGGGGAGAAGGAUUUCUUCUGCAAAGGAUUGCAAAUCAAUCCGGAGCGCCUGUGCUUUGAAAAGUAGUGCUAAGCCUCAGAGCAAGAUCCCGAACAUCUGGAAUUCCUGUGAGAACCUGAGGUGUUCUUCGAGACCAGGAAUCUCAACAAUUAUAGUGUGUCAUCGCAACAACACUGAGACUCUCCAGAUAACCACUUAGUGUUACAUCUACAAACAUGGUGAUCAGUGUGACUGUCAUUUCUAUGAGACAAAAUCUACGACCUUUGAGAGAAAAAUAACAACAAAAGAAAAAAAAAGCUGAAUUCCUGGAUUUAAACUGUUAUAGUGCCUGACAUUACUUCUAUUUGUGAAUGUAAAAGGAAAUGAACUAGAAGAAAACAGAGCAGCGAAAGCAAAAUUCGAUUCUGAAGUCUUCAUGGUGUCACCUACUCGUCAGGGAAUCCAAAGUUUCCCGCCGUCAUGAGCGCCGACGCCCAGUUAGCGCAGCUGUUCAACGCCUGCGACAAGAAGGGCAAAGGAUACAUCGUCGAGGAGGAGCUGAAGGAAUUAUGCUCUGGCCUAGGAAUCACAGCCGAGGACUCCAACGUCAUCUUCACCGACCUCGACCAGGACAAGGACGGGAAGAUCUGUUACCAGGAAUUCUCAAAAGGAUUCCGAGAAUUCCUCAAUCCCGAGACGGAGGUGCAAAACAAAAGGAGGUUUUCUAUCAAGAGCUGCGAGUCCGAUGAGGAGGGCGGUCACCCCCUGGGAGACGAGGAGCUGAGGAGGAGGGAGAGCGUCUAUCAGGCCUGGAACAAUCUCACCAACAAGCUGGACGAAGUGACGCGCACCGCCAUUGGCAAAGAGAGUGGCGCCCAGAUCAGAGACCUCCUGCAGGACUUGGAACUGACCGCGGCGCCUCCUGAAGUAGCAAGUCGAAUCAGCGGCGUCCUCUCUACUCUCCUGAAAGAACUCGAAAACCUUCAUCAACAUCACACGAGUUUGGAAGAGAUGUAUAAAAAAGAACGCCAGCAUCAUGCCACGGCCUUGAAAUCACUGGAGAGCGAGCUGGAGGACCAGGUGGCCAAGGUGGAGAGGAAGGCGAAGCAGCAGGCCCGGCAGGAGUCGGAGGAGGAGAAGAGGAUCCUGCAGGACCAGAUGGAGGAGGAGGUGGCCAAACUCAACGCCCAUCUCAUGAUCUUCCAAAAGGUGGACUCAUGGCUGAAGAAAGACAGCGGGGAAGGGGAGAUGAGGAAGAAGCUGGAGGACGCCUACCACGCCAACAGGAACCUCAACAUGAGCCUCAACGAGACGGCCACUAAUCUCGGCCUCAUGAGGUCCGAGAUGGCUCAGUUGAGGCUGCAGUAUGAAGAAAAGUGUAGGGAAUUACACAGCGAACGAGAGGCAGUAUUGGAAUACAUGCAUCAAUACGACCACAUGAAGAGACAGCUUGAACUUCUGCACCAAGCAAACAUGAGACUCCAGGACACAAAUGACAGCAUGAGAGGCGCCAUGGAAUACGAGUGGCGAAGGUCACCAGCCGGCUCGAGGUGUUCCAGCACUCGGAGUUCGCACCGUGCGAAAGAGAGACGAAGAAGUCAAAGGUCUCUUUCUCAGGACUCCGGUAGAUCUCGGUCACCCCAUCCACCAAUCCUGCCAUCAACCGAAAAUGAAGGAAAUAUAAAAUUUGGCAUAAGAAGACUCAUGGAUGAUUUGGAUUCCGGAUUGUCAACAUUGCCAGACACUGCCGAGGAGGGAUGCACUACGCAAGAUGAACUCAAAUAUGAAACGGAUGGACCCAUGUCGCUCGAGGACGAACUCAACGAACUGGAAACCAACUCGAUGGCACCGAGCGACGUCAAAAAGGAGACUUCGGAGGAGGACUCGCCCUUCCACGAACGCGGUCCCUCGACGAUGAAUUCGAACACGCCGCCUCCGAAACCACAAAGGGUGACUCGCCUCGUGAACGAGGCUGAGAAAUGCAGAAGUCCGCCUCCGGUGCCAAGUCAUUUACAGAAGGCGUCGGCUUACGAAAUUAUGGGACCCCCCGAAAGGACCUACAAAGUCGUGUUUGCCGGAGACGCGGCCGUCGGGAAGUCGACCUUCAUCGUCCGUCUUUGCAAAGGAUGCUUCGUCACCAACACAGCCUCCACCUUAGGUGUUGAUUACAAGAUGAAGACGCUCAACGUUGACGAGAAAAAUAUCGCUAUUCAACUAUGGGAUACAGCAGGUCAAGAAAGGUUCCGCUCCAUAACGAAGACCUACUUCCGUCGGGCUGAUGGAGUGUUGUUGUUGUAUGACGUCACGAGCGAACGGUCAUUCCUCAACGUGCGCCAAUGGAUUCAAAGCAUCGAUGAAGCCUGCGAGACUCGUGUGCCCUUGGUACUGUGUGGGAAUAAAACAGACCUGAGGGACGCGGCGUCUGCCGAGGGAAGGACCACCGUCAGCUCAGCGGAAGGAGAGCGCCUCGCGAGGGACUGCGGCGCCAAUUUCGUCGAGACCUCCUGCAAAUCCGGCUCCGGGGUCUUGGAAUCACUGGUGCAGCUGUCAAGGGUGAUGGUUACGACGGAAGACGUGGAAAUCCAGACAUCGGCCCUGAAGGUGACAGCCGCCGACCAGAAAAGGUUCUGCUGUGGCAGCAGGAAGGAGAGGUAAACGAAUCACGAUUCGCGAGAAUCUUUCUCCAAGGACAAACGGAAUCAGACGAGAGGAAGACGCUAUAAUAACUGCAGUACGAAACAGACAGCGAAGGGAAAAAUUGCUUGUUCUUAUAAUGGAGCAAAUUAUAAGCAUUCUAAGUUCAUUCGUAUUAUGAUCCAUGAGAAGGAAGGAAAUUAACUGAAGGAAGGAAAGGACAAUACAAAAGAACAAUGAAUGAUACCAUAAGGAGUAAGAACGUAAACAUCGUAUUAAAUAGUGCUGCAGUAAUAUUAGACUAAUACGUUAUCAAAGAAAUAUUGAAUUUACACCUACAGGUAUAUUUAUAAAGCCUUGGCUUAAGUUACCAAACGGAAUAAGAUAUGAGGGAAUAGUUCUAAAACCAUUUCAAAUUUCUUGCAUUAAUGUGGGUGAAUCAACAAAUAUAAAAAAAAAGUUUUGGUAAUAAAGAUUCUUCCGUGUAUUAUAAACUGGAAAAUGUGUUCUUAAGAUUACUUUCUAUAUGAACGAUCUUUAUGAUCAUUCAGGGAAGAACUGAAAACAGACAGUUGAUUAUCUACUUUUCAGUCAUAACAACUGCCAUUCCAUAAGUUGUACAGCUUAGGUUUUAAGGUUACUUUUUUUCUUUUUUAUAUAGUCUAAUGUCUAAUAUAAAGAAUGACUUCAAAGGAUUAACAAUUAUUUUUGUCAUGCUAUCAUAUUAUAAUUUUGUCAGUGUUGAAUCAAACUUCUAAUUCUAUAUAU